GAUAAAGAAAGGGGUGUUGUAGGAUCAAUCCAGAGGGGAGAUAUGUCACCCACGGAGGUGACCGAAGAACGCCAUUAUUGGCCAAAGCUAAUCGCUCCCAGCGAAAGAGGUAGCUUAUUCUCGCUGGUCUCAAACAUUUCGUUCACUCAAACAAUUAAAACCAGCAUGACGUUAAGACUUAAUCCUCCCUUCUACAGAAUAAAACACUCUGUAGCGUUAUCUAUUUAAAUUACCGUAAAAACGAAUGGUUGGAAAUUGAUAUUCACAUUUCUUCUUCUGAAAACAAUUUUAGGCACCUUUUCCCUUUUUAAUUUGGUUAAGGUGUUUACACCUGGACGUUGUUCUUCCAACCACUAACUUCUGGCCUCUGGGAAUAACAAUAAUACAGUGUAAAUAACAAUUUUUCAAUUAAUGUAAUUACCAGCGUAACGACAAUCGUACUAGUUGACAGGGUCUGAGAUGACUAAAAUCGUGGCUAACUCAAUCCGCUUUUGAGAUAUUUAUUUUAUAAAUUUCUUAUGUAUUUAGGCGCACAGAUAAAGAGAAAGCAUCCCUGUGAGCAGAGUUCGUGUUAUCCUGCCACGGGAAAUCUAUUGAUCGGCCGCAAAGAUCGGCUGACUGCUUCAUCUACUUGCGGUUUAAAAGGGCCAGAGAGAUAUUGCAUCGUUUCGCAUUUGAAGGACCGCAAGAAGUGUUUCUUCUGCGAUUCGUCACUACCAAAACAGCAACAUAAUAUCGAAAAUAUUGUUACUGAGAAAGGAUGGUGGCAAGCGGAAAAUGGGAUGGAGAACGUUUGGAUACAAUUCGACUUGGAAUCGGAGUUUCACUUCACCCAUAUCAUAAUCCGUUUCAAGACGUUCAGGCCGGCCGCGAUGCUGAUCGAGAGAUCGUACGAUUUCGGGAAAACCUGGCAGGUUUAUCGGUACUUCGCACACAAUUGCGACCAGUAUUUCCCGGGAGUGUCGACGGAACCACCUCAGAAACUGACGGACGUUAUCUGCGAGACGAGGUACUCCGGCGUGGCGCCGUCGACUGGAGGUGAUGUUAUCUUCAGAGUACUGCCACGAAACUUGGAGAUAGACAAUCCCUACUCGAAGGAAGUGCAAACCCAAUUGAAAAUUACGAAUCUUCGUAUAAACAUGACUAGAUUGCAUACUUUGGGCGACGAUCUCUUAGACGAUCGAGCCGAGACCAGUGAGAAAUACUACUAUGCCAUUCAGAAUAUGGUGAUUCGUGGAUCCUGUUCCUGUUACGGUCACGCGUCCAGGUGUCUACCACUUCCGGGCGUUUCACACGAGGAGAACAUGGUCCACGGUAGAUGCGAGUGCACUCACAACACUACCGGUUUAAAUUGUGAGAGGUGUCAAGAUUUUUAUAACGACCUCCCAUGGAAACCGGCUGUGGGCAAGCAGACCAACGCGUGCAGACCUUGCAAUUGUAACAACCACUCAACGUCUUGUCAUUUUGAUGAAGCCGUUUACGAGAGAUCUGGGAGAGUGUCUGGCGGCGUUUGCGAUGAUUGCCAGCACAACACCAGAGGACAGAAUUGUGAACUGUGCAAACCGUUUUAUUAUCAUGAUGUCACGAAGGAUAUAUCUCAUACCGAGGCGUGUCUGCCUUGUAAUUGUGAUCUGGGUGGUUCUUUGGACGACGGCAUAUGCGACUCGAGAACCGAUCCUCUCAGUGGUGACGAAUCUGGACGCUGUCACUGUAAAGCGAACGUGGAAGGUCGUCGAUGCGAUCGUUGCAAGAACGGAUUCUGGAACUUCGACCCCGAGAGUCCCGAGGGUUGUCAAGCUUGUACCUGCAACACUUUGGGCACCAUCGACAAUCUGGGGUGCAACAUGUUGACUGGCGAGUGCACUUGUAAGCGUUUUGUUACUGGCCGCGAUUGCAAUCAGUGUCGACAGGAGUACUGGGGUCUCUCGGAGGAUCCGGACGGUUGCAAACCUUGCGAUUGCGAUCCUGGAGGUUCGUAUGAAAAUUCAUGCGAUGUAAUAACCGGUCAGUGCCGUUGCAGGCCUCACGUCAGCGGCAGGACUUGCAACCAGCCGGAACAGAGUUAUUACACAGGAUCGUUGGACUUCUUGAUUUACGAGGGUGAAUUGUCAAGAGCUACUGAGAAUUGUCAAGUGGUGAUCAGAGAACCGUACCGCGACGGAAGGAACAGUACAUGGACUGGAACUGGAUUCAUGAAGGCAUUAGAGGGCUCGCUUUUGAAUUUCACAAUCGACGAUAUCCGUAAAAGUCUGUGGUAUGACAUAAUCGUCAGAUACGAACCGGUCCAAGUAGGUCCUUGGGAGAAUGUUCAGAUAAUCAUUGAGAGAGACGAGCCGCCGGAUCCGAAUGGGCCGUGCGCUGACUGGAGGCCGGAGCAGGAUAAAUUGUAUACGCAGCUUCCUUUGAGAUCGAGGAACGUCGUCGUGCAACCCUCCGUUUGCUUGGAAGCUGGAAAACGGUACAACGUUGUGCUGCAGUUCCGCAAGUUCAACAAUCAAGUGGACACACCGUCUGCAUCCAUUCUGGUCGACUCGAUCGUCCUGAGACCGAAGAUAGAAGCGAUACCGUUUUUCAAAGACCCAGUAGUCGGUGAGCUGCGCCGGCAAGAAUACGAGAGAUACUGCAACGAUUACUUCAACGACAUCAAUGCAGUCUGGUCCAUCAUUCCAGAUGUUUGCAGAAAGUAUCACAACAGCAUCGGCUACUAUGUUUACGAUGGAGCACAUUCUUGUGAUUGCAAUCCCACUGGAUCUCACAGUUUGCUCUGCGAGAAUUACGGAGGCAUCUGCCCUUGCAAGCCCAACGUAGUCGGUAGACGCUGUGACCGUUGCGCACCUGGAACCUACGGUUUCGGGCCGGAGGGUUGCGUUCCUUGCGAUUGUGACGGCGUGGGAGCUCUAGAUAAUUUCUGUGACGUGGAGACAGGCAGGUGCAAGUGUCGGCCGAAUACUUACGGUAGAACCUGCGGUCAGUGCGAGCCUGGUUUCUGGAACUUCCCUCACUGUCAACGGUGCGAGUGCAACGGCCAUGCCGAGAGUUGCGACUCGAAGACCGGAGCUUGCAUCAACUGUCGAGACUUCACGACUGGACAUAAUUGCGACCGGUGCAUUGAAACUUACUAUGGUGAUCCUAGAAUUGGCGCUGAUAUUCCAUGCAGAGCGUGUCCCUGCCCGGGAACUCUGAAUUCUGGACACUCGUACGCCGAGAGCUGCUCUUUGGACUCAGUGACUCACGACGUGAUCUGCGAGUGCUUCGAAGGCUACGCCGGACCCCGCUGCGAAACCUGCGCGGAGAAUUACUUCGGUAAUCCCGAGGUACCCGGCGGCAGCUGCGAGCCGUGCAAUUGUAACAACAAUACCGAUUUGCAACGACCUGGCAAUUGUGACCCGCACACCGGCCGUUGCCUGCAGUGCCUAUACAAUACUGACGGUGCAAAUUGUCAAAUUUGUAAAGCAGGAUAUUACGGUAACGCUCUGGAACAGGAUUGCCAGGACUGCCAGUGCGAUGUAUUGGGAACGGACAGAAAUGCUGGGACCUGCGAUCAUCGGACGGGUCAGUGUCCUUGCUUGCCGCAUGUCAUUGGAUUACUUUGCGAUUCUUGUGAGGAAAAUCACUGGAGGAUUGCCAGUGGCCAGGGAUGCGAUCCUUGCAUGUGCGACGCCGUUGGCAGCGUGUCCGACAGAUGCAAUCCGUAUGACGGUAGCUGCGAAUGCAGACAAGGCUUCGGCGGCAGACGCUGUAACGAAUGUCAAUCGAACUACUGGGGCAACCCGAACGUAGAGUGUUACCCCUGCGACUGCGAUCUGACCGGAUCUGCCAGCCAGCAGUGCGACAGAGAGACCGGAAAGUGCGUCUGUCACAAAGGGAUCGGCGGUGAGAAAUGCGACAUGUGCGAUCGUGGUUACUACGGAAACGCGCCGCAAUGCAAUCCCUGUGGCGAGUGUUUCGACAACUGGGACUUGACAUUGUCUGGCCUCAGAAAUAAGACGGAUCUCGUGAUAGAAGAAGCGUCGAGGAUUCAAAAAGUCGGUACGACUGGCGUUUAUAGGCAAGAAUUCGACGAUAUGGACGAAUCUUUGGAACAAGUGAAAGCACUGAUCAGUAACGCUUCGAUCAGAAGUCAAGAUUUGGAUGAAUUGAACGACCUGGCGAUCGAAUUGAACAACAAUGUGUCCGCGUCCACGAAACAAAUAGAGGAAGUGAACAAUUUACUGGAGAAUGUCAAUCAAAGAGUGAAUCUGGGCGACGCUGCUCUCAAGAAUUUGAAGAACAGAACCAAAAGUUUACAUCAGGCAGCUGCGGAUCUUAAAGAAAAUGCAACGAGACUGCAAGAGGAGAACGUACAAGGCGCUUUGAAUGUUACGCAGCAAAUGGCUGAGCAGUCGAAACAGGCGGAGAAAACGGCAAAUGAUACCAGCAACAUUCUCGCCGAUGCGAAGAGGUUCAGCAAACACACGGAGAGCCUGCUAGGGAAAAACCGUGCCUUCGUCGAGUCGUCGCAAGAGAAGAACAAACAAGCUUUGGAUCGGAUCGGCGAGAAGCUGAAGAAUUUCAACAGGAUCAUGCCGGGAUUAAAUCUGCAAAUGUGCGGUGAUAACGUUACGGACUGCAGUAGCGUGUGCGGUGGUGCCGGAUGUAGUUUCUGCGGAGGCUUGUCCUGCGAUGUGGGUGCUGUAACCAAGGCGAAUCAAGCUCUGGACGUUGCUAAACAACAGGCUGCGAAGAUCAAGACUCAUAAAGACGAGGCUGAACAAUUACUUCGUAACAUGAUUCAAGUGGAACGCGAUGCAACGACGGCCAGAUCGAACGCCCAGGAUGCAUUCAACUAUGCCUUGCGAGCCCGUACGCUCUCUGAUGAAGUGAUCAAAAGCGUAUCCAACGUGAACGAUCAAAUUCGAGACACGUUGGACGAGGGUGAACCCACCCCAGCUAUGGUCAGAGAUCUAGCCAACGAGGUCCUGGCAAUGAACAUUCAAUUAAAACCCGAUGAGAUCAAAGAAUUAGCGGAUCGUAUAAAAAAUAUCGUUGGCUCGCUAACGGAUUCGGAGAAGAUCCUCGCGGACACCAGAGACGACCUUCUUCUGGCUGUGCGAUUAAAUGAAAGAGCCAAUAGAAGCAGGGAAAACGCGAUCCAGAAACAACUUUUAGCAACGAAAGUGGCGGAUCUUUUGAAUGAUGCGCAGAAAGCUCAAGAUCGAGCUCAAGUGGCGAUCGAGCAGGCUGAUCGUGACGUUAACAGGUCGGAAAUGGAUUUAGAGGAAAUUGCUGAGGUGACUAGGGGCGCUCAGAUGCAAGCAAACAGCACCACGCAAAGAGUCGAGGCUCUGGACGCUCGCUUGAAACAACUGCAAACACAAUCAGUGAGAAAUGAUUUUGUUCUCAAUCAGGAAAUUGGUGUAGAGGCAAGUAAAGUCGCUGCAGAGGCGCAGAAUGUCGAUGCGAAGACCAAGGAGCUUGCUAAAGAGUAUAAACGAGCGAAUGAAGCUCUAGACUCGAGGGUGAAUAAAAGCAGAGGCAGUAUAUUGAGGGCUAAGAAGCUUCUGCAAAGAGCUUCAGAGCUCACUGCUGAUACGUCGACUAAAUCCAAAGAUCUGGACGGUAUGGAGAGCGUUUAUAAGGAUAAUGAAAGGAUGCUCUCUGAUUUGAAAACUGAUGUGGAUUUUCUGACUGCGGAAAUGGAGAAGCAUUUAGCAGAAAUCGAGAAGAAGGCACAACAGUACAGGCAAUGUACUUCUUGAAUUAUUCAAAUUAGUCUUUUUAAUCGAAGUCCUGAAGUAAUGAAAUUAAAUUAGCGAAAGCAUGUGUUUGCACGAAUAUCAGAUGAUUUUAUGUAAAAAGUACAACUUCUUUUUUAAGAACGAUACAUGUUUACUCGCUUUUUGUAUCCACAUUAUUUGUUAUUUGCACAACAAAUAUAACAACAAUAUUAUUUCGUGGCUCCGAUUAGAGAAUCUCGAAUUGGAAUUCAUAUUUUUGUGCGAAUUGAUUUUUUAUACAUUUUAUGUAAUUACAUUAGAGAGAAAGAAAUUUUACAGUGCCAUAUUCGCGAACAGAGGCCAUUUAUUUGUUAAUUUACAUUUACACAUAUACGAAACAUUUUUAAAACAAAAAUUUGUUUAUCUUUAAUAAUCGUCUUCCAUGCAGAAAAAUGCAUUUCUUCUCUUUGUGGACCAAAUAUUUAAAAAGUAUAGAACAGAGCAUUUAAACUCUUGAUCACAUGAUCUGAUUAAGAAUAACAAUACAAUUAUACGUACUUUAAAAGAUGAUUUAUUAUACGUAGAAAAUGACUGAUAUAGUUAAUGCAGAAUUAAAUAUUAAUAUUGUUAUAACUAUUAAAAUCUGAUACUAACGAAAUAAUCAAUAGCAUCAUAUAGCAUCUUUUGCACAAGUUAUAAUAGAUUUAUAUCGUUCAACGCGCCUGAAACUAUAUAUGUAUAAAUUACUGUACUUAUGUACGAGCAUGCAUUUAUAUAUUAAGACUCGAUGCAAUAGAUAGAAAUUUUUUACCUUGUAAAUAUAAUACAUUUUUCUUACACAAAACUGCAUUUCCUCUCUUUAUAAAGCAUUUUUAUAGAUGGAGAUAUUUUAAAGAACAUUUUCAUAUUAUAUUUUUAAUACAUGUAAUAAAAUAAUUACAAUGAAUCGCACUGUAGAAUAUUAUUGUAAAACUACAGCCUUAUAGAAGUGAAAUUCGAAAGGGAAGAAAAAAGAUGGAAAAAUUGUUGAGAAGUACGUAAAAGAGACUUCCUAGGUAAAAGAGAAUCAUAGUUACUUAUUUAUGUACUGCAACAAUCGAUUUAUUGACAUUGUCAAAGAUUUACUAUUCUCUGUUCUCGUUCAGAUAAGAAGUGGAACAAUGCUUCAAACCAAAAGUUUGUCAAUUGUAUUUAAGUAGUUUUGUAACAAUAGAGAACUAAGUACGUGUUUGGAAAAUAAAUGUGUUAUAAAACUAA